AUGAGCUUCAACCUCCCUCUUCGGCCGAGCUCCAGCAGUAUACGGAACCAGGCCAGCCGGAGCAGCUACUUCACCAACUACACGCCGAAUUCCUCCACUGAAGCCGUCAAUGGCCCUCCCCUCCGAGAGCCUGCCCGUGAAUUGUUUGGCACAACCGAUCGACUGAUUGUCGGCGUCGAUUUUGGAACCACGUUCUCAGGUCAUAUCAGUGUCGCUGCCGUAUACACUUCAACACCGGACGAUGUCGAGAUUAUCAAGACGUGGCCCGGUGGCAAUGGAAUCACCUCUGAUAAGGUGCCUACCGAGAUCAGCUAUGAUUUCCCUGCAAACGCCGCCGCCGGCACCGAGCCCACUGUGAAAUGGGGCUUCCAGUUCAAGCCCGAGGAGGCGCGCCUUCGUUGCAUCAAAUUGUUUCUAGACCGCUCACAGAAGCUGCCUUUCUACGUUAGCCCGCUGGACACGGCGGCUCAACUGAAGCGUUACAACAAGAACGUCCUGGACGCCGUGAGCGACUACCUUACUCAGGUCUACAAGCACACCAUGGACACCCUGACUCGAAGAUACGGCGAAUCCUUCAUGCAGUCUACCAAGGUCGACUUCGUCUUGACCUGUCCGGCCGUAUGGUCCGACGCAGCAAAGAACACAACGCUCCAAGCGGCUGAACGAGCGGGCAUGGGGUCUAAGUCGGAGAUUCAGAUGAUCAGCGAGCCUGAAGCUGCAGCUGUGUAUACGCUGAAAGCAAUCCAGCCGAACCAUCUCAACGCCGGCGACAACUUCAUCGUGUGCGACGCCGGUGGUGGAACCGUCGAGUAA